UCAAACCCCUUGAACUUUUUCCGUUGGACACUUCAAAAUCACAAUCUCCCUCCGACUUAUUUUAUGUGGUAGUUCAACACAAAGUCGAAAGUUUUCAGACUUUUUUUUUUUUUUUUACAAAUAUAAAUCUCAAAAUGUGCAACAUAAAUUUAUAUUCUGCGGCCCCCAGCCUAUACUUAACUUGAAAGAUUAAACCACCUUUUGCUAAAAACUUUUUGGAAUUUGUCUGUAUCAGCUUUGCACAUCUGGAGUCUGCAAUUUCUGCCCCUUGCUUUUUACCAAACCAGCUUAAGCUCACUCUAAUUUAAUGGAGAACACCUUUAAAAGAAAAUUUUCCCAGUUGGACUAUGCAUGAACUUUGACUAGGUCAUUUUAAAACAUGCACAUAUUUUGAUCUAAAGCAUACUUUUUAAGCUCUAGCUGUUCAACUCCCAUCUAUCACAUGUCAGCUAUGGGUGUCAGUUUUCCUCCUUGCAGCAUUUUGCAUGUAGGAUAAAAAGUUACAUUUGUGUCUCAACUGACAAAGGAACCUUCAGAAUUUGCUUUAAAUGGGGCUUUAUCUCUCGAGUGUUUCAGAAAGGCUAGAUUUGUGAAUGGCACAACUAGUGGUUGUCCUGUUGAUGGGUUCUUUUACCUGAGCGGUGGAUCUCUGCAGCAUUUCCAGAGUUACUAUGGGCUUUUUAGCUGCUUUCAUAACUAUUUUCUUUUGCAUCAGUUUAGGUGAACUGCCAUGUCUUUGUAGAUUUUCUGUUCUAAACAGUUAAAUUGAUGUCAAAAAAUUACAUUUCCUAAGUUUGGUAUAUUGUUUUGUAAACUGAACCUGCUUUUUAGCCUGCUUCUCCCCAACUUUGACUGACCUUUCUGCUGUGUUUCUUGGUCUUUGUGAUGAUCAUGUCAACAGAAAUAAUUUAUACCUAAAUUAUUUGUCUACUGGUACCAUCGGGUUUUAUUUAGGUGUAUCAAAGUAAAGGAACAUACACACAUGGCAUACUAUUAAGACCUUUAUUUGUAAUUUUUUUUAUUUUACAUAAUCGCACUUCAUAAAAUGGUCAGUAUACAAUUUUGCAGAGUAAUUAAAUGUUUAAAAAAAAUUAAUAUAGCGGUAGUAAGGUCAUAUUGUCGUCGUUUAAAUAAAUUUAAAAUUCCUAAAGAUAUCUAUUUUUUGUUUGUUUUGGUUCUCAGUACAACAUGCACAUUAUACAAAACAUAAGUGAAAAGUGCAUUAAAAAGUAAACGAUAAAAAUCCAUAUUUCCCUUUCGUUUUGUCAAAAAAAAAAAAUUGCAGAAGCAAGCAAUGCAAAAUCUAAACACUGAAAAAUGAAUGUUUCCGCCUCCCAGUCCCCCCACCUCCAACUUGCGUUCACUCUAUAUAUAAACAGUAUUUGCCUGUCUAUCACUAAUCCGCCUCAUUCCCAGUACCCAGCUGGUGUUUGUUCCUCAGCACUACCACAGUCGCCGUCAGUGACACUCUGCAAAGCAUGGCUAUGUUUGCGGUAUGAGAACAUGAGAUGUAUGAACAGGAGCCCCAGGCGAGAGGCUGGACAUUGGGAAGUGAAGGAAAUUCAAAUGGCUGAACUCAACCGGGAGUUCAACCUGCUGUGAUAAAGAAGCAAAAGAAUCAGGAAAAACAGUGGAGUACAACAAUGGAGGAAAACCCCGAGAAACCUGCAAAAACUGAACCGAGUCUAGCACCCAGUCCAGCACCCAGCCCAGCACCCAGCCCGCUGCUGGAGAGAAUCACUCUUCCUACUGCAAAUCAUGUAGAGCAUCUCAACGUGAACCAGUUCCAGGUGGUGGUGCGGCGUUGCUCGACUCCAAACUUAACAGAGGAGACGACCUAUUUUAUCCCUCGCCACCCUGUAGUGGAUGCUGGCACCAACACAGACCCACCAGUGGUCUGUUGCCCGCUGCUUCGCAAGUUUUGCCCAUGUCCACCACGAGGCCUCCUUGCCUCUCUCAUUACCAAAGUUCUUUUGGCAGCUGUACUCUUUGGGGUGAUUGUGUCCAUCACCGAGAAGGAAUGUCUUCCUGGAGGGAAUCUGUUUGGCAUCACCAUAGUCUUUCUCUGUGCGAUAGUUGGUGGCAAAGCAGUCGCCCUCAUCCAGCUGCCUAUACUUCCACCAUUUCCGCCACUCCUUGGUAUGCUGCUGAUGGGCUUCCUGCUGAGAAACAUCCCAGUUGUAACAGAUUUGGUGUACAUUAACUUCAGAUGGUCUGCUUCCCUGAGAAACAUUUCUCUGGCUGUCAUCCUGACCAGAGCUGGCCUGGGGUUGGAUCCCAAGGCUCUGAGGAAGCUCAAAACCGUGUGUAUCCGUGUAGCAGCUGGGCCCUGCCUGAUCGAAGCCAGCACCGCUGCUCUCGUCUCUCACUUCCUCAUGGGCUUGCCCUGGGAGUGGGGCUUUAUUCUUGGCUUUGUUCUGAGCGGCGUGUCCCCGGCCGUGGUGGUGCCCUCGAUGCUUCGGCUGCAGAAGGACGGAUACGGCGUGGAAAAGGGCAUCCCCACCCUGCUGUUGGCGGCUGGAAGCUUUGAUGACAUUCUUGCCAUCACAGGUUUCACCACAUGCUUGGGCAUAACCUUCGCAGAAGGAUCCACUCUGUAUAAUCUCCUGCGAGGCGUCCUGGAGGUUGGAGGAGGGAUGGUUGCUGGGACCCUCCUCGGUUUCCUCAUUCAGUACUUUCCAAGUGCCGACCAGAAACACCUGGUGAUGAAGCGUUCCUUCUUGGUGCUGGGUCUGUCUGUCUUUGCUGUGUUCGGCAGCAACGUGGCAGGGUUUCCUGGCUCGGGGGGCCUCUGCACCCUGGUGUUAUCUUUCCUGGCUGGACUUGGCUGGGGAGAAGAAAAGGCCCGUGUGGAGGAAGUGAUUAGAUGGGUGUGGAACGUGUUUCAGCCUCUGCUGUUCGGACUGAUAGGAGCUGAGAUUCGAGUCAAUGAGCUGGAGGGACUUGCAGUUGGUCUGGGUAUAUCCUCCAUGCUCAUUUCUGUGGUAGUUAGAGUACUCUUCACUUUUGUGUGUGUGUUACAUGCCGGCUUCAACUUAAAAGAAAAAGUGUUCAUAGCUCUUGCAUGGAUGCCCAAAGCAACAGUGCAGGCAGCAAUAGGCUCCACGGCUUUAGACAUGGCCAGAGCAAAGGGCAACAAGGAGCAGAUAAAGUACGGCAUGGACGUGCUGACCGUGGCCGUGCUCGCCAUCCUUCUUACAGCCCCGGUAGGGGCUUUGAUUAUCAGGAUCUUGGGGCCUCGCCUGCUGGAGAGACCUAAGACCCCCACUUGUGUUGAGCGAGUCAAACCCAAUUUAUCAGCAUUUUUCUUAGGCACCGCGGCAGGAAGUGAAGAUGACACCGAAACUCCUGUCACCUUCGAGAGUACACUCUGACAUCUUGAUCUAAGAAAGAGAUCUCCAACGUCAGUUGUUUCAGCUGCUCUUUAGCCACUGAGUGGCUCUCUUGUUGCUCAACUCUUUAUGUUGGAAUCAGCCUGUAUUUAUAGCAGCAGGUGGUUUCCAGGCACUGAGCUCCAAACACAUUUCCAUUGCCCUGCUGUGUGCAUUCAUGCUCUAUGAACUUUACACCAGAGCUGCUUUAAUGUCGAGCUUGAACUGAACAUUUAUUAAGAUAUUCUGUAAUUAGCACGAGGCAAUUAAGCAGUUUACAUUUUUUGUAAAUUAGUCAUGUUUUUUGCCAUAUUCAAUGUAUCCAGUGGUUCCAUUUCCUACUUCCAGUAAACGGUACUUAAACUGAAAUGGUAGUGCUUAACAUAAGGAUGUGUGUUUUACAAAGCGGUGAGAUGGUAUGUGAUGGAAUGUAUUUUUAGAGGAAGCCAUCCAGAAUCCACAUUUUUAAAUCUUUUUAUUUUAAUGCUGUAUGUUUGUGCUGUUUUUUUUCAUGUUUGUCAUUAGUAUGUGUGCAGAUAAUUUUUGAUUUAUUUUACGACUCAGGAGAUAUUGAUGUCACACUUCAUUUGGAGUUAUGCAGAAUGCUGCUUAAACUCUGACAGAAUCAACCUCAUGCACUGUGGUCUAAAAUCCCACAUCGGCUUUUGAAGUUUAUCUGAACUUUAAUGUGAUUGUAUAUUUUUAGAGAUUAUGAAAAAAUUUUAUGUGACUGUUGUUUUUUUUUACUACAGAAAUAUGCAGUGUGCUGUUUUUAAUUUUACAUUUUUAUUGAGUAAAUGAAAAGAUUACAAAUUAAGACACUAUUUAUGAUGAAUUUACAGUUUGAUUUUUACCAAACAAUAAUCACAUUUUCACAAAAUGGUCUUUACUUAUACAUAUAACCAAACAUAGCUAAAUCUUUUAUUAAUUUGACACCCUGUGCAGCUGCAGAUUUUUGCAUCAAUUAUCUCUGAAGCCAAAUUAAAAUCCAUCCAAACUGAGAAGUUAAACUGCUUUAUGACUUAAUCCCAGCCAUUGUGUCCCAAAAAGACAUGCACACAGGUGUCUCUUCUUUCAAAAUUAAAAUCUAUUCACAUUAGAAAAACUCCUGGAGCAUUGUUUUUGUUUUUACAUUGUAAGAAAAACACUCUUAAAACCUUCCCAAUUAUUGCUGAGGAUUUUCAGCUGUGUUGAAAUGUCCAACAGCUUCUCGUCAAAGCCCCACCCUAAGGGCUCAGGGAAAUACAUAAAGUAAUUCUUCACUGCCAGCUGUUUUUGGAGAAGCAGAACGGGUUGGGAAUAAAACCAAAAUAAAUUAUCCUGACUUCUAAAUUGGAAAUGCAACCAAUACAUUGCUCCCCAAUGCAAUGGAGCAAGAGCCAGGAUGUUGAUGCAAACUAGUUGUACCAAAAAGCUGAGUCUGUGUUGCCAAUUAUACAAAGUUCUGUAACUUGACAAAUUAACAAGAUGAUUCCUUUCUAUUUAUUCCAUUACCACAACACAUAAUGCUUUAAUUUUCAUAAAAUGUGGAAAAUAUCAUGUAAAUCUGAACUUUUGACAGGUGGUGAACAUCAAACCCAUGAGGCACAUACCCUUUGUGCUUUAUGAAACUCUCAGAGCAGCCUCAGCCGAUUCUGUUUUCUGUUGCAGCACAGAAGCUUAAUGCAAUUUUAGAAUGAAAUUAAAUUAAAGACAACAAGGACAUGAUAAACUGAGUUAAAAGGGACAUUCACUUACAUUUUCAGCUUAAGUUACAUGAAGAUUUUCAAAGUAUUGAAAAAGGUGAGGUUCUGCCAACUUAAGCAACUGAAUUACUCAUGAUCACUUCUAUUAACAUUUAGAAUGAACUUAGUCUAGCGAACAUUAACAUACAUGAAGUUAUUUAUAAAUAGAGAACAAAGAACUUACUGUAAAAGCCAACGUUAAGUGUGAAAAUAUUUUUUGCUUCAUACUACAGGAAGUAUUCUGCCAAGAAGUCAAAUACAGUGAAUACAGCAAGUCAAACUUGUUGCAGUUCUGCAACCUUAACAGUACAGUGGUUUGAAAUGUUUCAACACAACAGCAAUAAAUGUCUGUGAACAAAACAUAAAGAAUCUACAGUAAGUAUCCCAUGCAUUAUGAAUACAUACAUUCAUCAUUACAUACAUACAUGUUGAUCUAUCAGCAAAUAUCUUACACCUCCAAAGUGUUGUGAUAAAACAAUUUGGCACUCAAGCAGGCAAAUGGUCUUAGAAACAACUAAAUGAAGGCAAACAUGGCAAAAUGUUACAUGCAAGUUGGACUAAUAAAUUGGGUAUUUCAUUUAAACAACCAUUAAAUUAUACUGAGUGGAGCAAAAACAAGCCCUCAGGCUCCAGGUCACAUUAUAAGAAGGUAUCAUAAAGUUAAGUUAACGCUUUGGGUUGUUCCAUUAAAGUGGUCCCAGUGAAAUUGAAUUUAAUCCCGACAUAUAGAGACAAACACUUUUAAAGUCAUAUGUAAUUAUGUAUGUAAA